CCGUUGUUUAAGCAAAGAAGUGCGUGCUGCUGAUUUGACUUGAAGUCGUCCAUCCAAAUUCAGCCUAUAGUCGAGGCAAAUAUCAGGAUAGACGAGUCAAGUGUACAUUGUGGAUUAAAGGAUCAAAACAAAUCGGUAGAUGAUCGGAGACCAAGUUUUCUUCCUUUUCGCCUUCGGUUACAUAACACAAAACACAGUCGUAAUGUUACAAAUACUGGCUGAUGUGUUCCACCUGCUUGCGAUGCUGCUGCUCCUGUUUAAAAUUGUGAAAACAAAAUCGUGUGCAGGAGUGUCAGGACGCACGCAAUGCCUUUUGGCAAUAGUCCUUCUCACGCAGGACUUAACUCUCGCUCCUCAAAGCGUAAUCAACCUCGGAUUUAGAAUGGUUUUUGCCAUUUGUGCCAUUAUUACAAUCAUCUUAAUUUAUGGACCAUUUUCGCACACAUAUGAUGGCAAACACGACACAUUUCGCAUUGAAAUACUACUUAUUCCAUGCCUAGUACUGGCCUUAGUUCUAAACUACGAAUUCACUUGGUUUCACGUCCUGUGGGCGUUCUCAAUUUAUCUGGAGGCAAUUGCUAUUGUGCCGCAAAUUUGGCUGACUGAUAAAGUAGGAUACACUCAGUAUAUGGGCGUUUACUUGCUGGCGCUUGGUAUCUAUAGUGCACUUAACAUGGUGCACUGGAUUAUUAUCUCCUUGUUUGCCCGUAGCAAUUCUUAUAUACUCCUUAUCAGCGGUAUUGCGCAUACUUGCUUCUUCAUUGUGUUCCUGUUUUUAGAAUGUCAUAGUAAUAAAGAUGAAGUCAAAUUAGUGAAUGUCAAUGUAGUAGACAAUGAAAAACCUAGCCCCCUAGAUAUACACAUUAACAAUAACGAUGGAUACUUGGCAAUUCAGAAAUGGGGUAGGCCAGAUAGAUGGUAAAGUAAAAACACUGAAACAUUAUUACCAAAAUUAAGAAAAUAUAUAAGAAAUGCAUAAGAAAAUUGUUUGAUUAAAAGAGUUGUAUUAGGGUAGCACCACUACUUUGUAAAUAGAUUUCUGUCAAGGAUUAUCGCUCAUUUUAAGAAUCUCAAAAAUUGUUAACUGUACUAUUUAUAAUAUGUAACUUUAAGCCAAUUAUAAUUUCACAAGACUUUCGAAAAUAAAUUUAUUGAUUUUACUGUGUAAUAAUUAUAAGUAGUUAGUAUCCUGUGGUGCGUCAUGAACUUUGGGACCUCUUUCCCAAGGUCUAGCAGUACAUUUAAUAUUUUGAAAGCUUCUCUAGUUUAUAUGAUUGUACGGGUAGCCACCAGUCUCAUCUGGGUUUUACUUGGUAAGCUGCGGCUAUUCUUAAACCAAAUAAAAGAAGAACCUCGUCUAUUAUA